AUGAAGCCUGGAAAAGGAAAAGCCAGUUACACAGAGAGGGACUUUAUCUAUAAAUUUCAAGCUGGGUCUCAGAGCUUCAUCCUUACCGUGCCCCUGCAGUUCCCGGUCCAGGAGAAUCUGGAUCACUUACAUGGACGAUUAAUGCUGCUGCACGAUUUGCCCUGUUUUAUUGAGCAAGAUCUAAAAAAAUCUCUCUGUCACUUUGUGGAAGAGGAAACCAUUAAAGACUUUGACCGAGAAUCAGAGCAGGCCCUGGAGGCAGUGAGGUCAGGUGAGGUGGAUGCUGGGACAUUGGCCAACGCCUGGAUGAAAUCUUAUACAGAGACAACACUGGAACAUUCCCGUCCGGAGGAGCCUAACUGGGAUGAAGACUUUGCAGAUAUUUAUCAUGAUCUCAUCCAUUCCCCGGCUUCAGAGACUCUGCUCAACCUGGAGCACAAUUACUUUGUCAGCAUUUCUGAACUGCUGGGGGAAAGAGAUGUGGAGCUGAAGAAACUACGAGAACGCCAAGGAUUAGAGAUGAACAAAGUGAUGCAAGAACUGGGCAAGUCCCUCAGUGACCAAGAUGUAAACUCAGUUGCAGCACAACAUUUUGAAUCGCAGCAGAUUCUGGAAAACAAGUGGAUUACAGAGCUGAAGCAGUUGUCCACCAUCCAGAAGCAAGAGUAUCAGGAGUGGGUAAUAAAGUUACACCAGGACCUCAAGAAUCCCAACAACAGCUUCAUCAGUGAGGAGAUUAAAGUCCAGCAGAGCCACCUUCAGGAAUCCACAGAGUCCAGCCGCUCGUUGUAUGAGGAACAUGGGCAGCUUGAGGAGAGCUUUACUAUUCACUUGGGGGCUCAGCUGAAGACCAUGCACAAUUUGAGGCUGCUGAGAGCGGACAUGCUAGAUUUCUGCAGACAUAAACGCAAUCAUCGUAGUGGAGUUAAACUGCACAGACUGCAGACUGCGCUCUCCUUGUAUUCGGCAUCAUUGUGUGGUCUAGUCUUGUUGGUGGAUAACCGCAUUAAUUCUUACAGUGGCAUCAAAAGAGAUUUUGCCACGGUCUGCCAGGAAUGCACCGAUUUCCAUUUCCCACAGCUGCAGGAGCAGUUGGACGUGGUUCAACAAGUUGUCCUGUAUGCUAGAGCGCAGAGGAACCAAAAGGCGAAACACCAGCAAGACACCACCAGUGAGAAUGAAACACGUGAUAAAUUAAAAAGCAAUGAGAGGAACCAGUCUAAUUUAUUACCAGGGGAAUUUUACGUCACGCGGCACUCCAACCUCUCUGAAUGUCAUGUGGUUUUUCAUCUUUGUGUGGACGACAAUGUGAGGAAUGGGAAUAUAACUGCCCGGGAUCCAGCCAUUAUGGGCCUGAGAAACAUCUUGAAGGUGUGCUGCACCCACGAUAUUACCACCAUCAACAUCCCCUUGCUGCUGGUCCAUGAAAUGUCUGAGGAAAUGACUAUACCGUGGUGUCUGAAGAGGGCCGAACUGGUGUUUAAGUGUGUCAAAGGUUUCAUGAUGGAAAUGGUUUCCUGGGAUGGAGGGGUAUCCAGGACAGUGCAAUUUCUUGUACCACAGAAUAUCUCGGAGGAAAUGUUUUAUCAGCUGAGCAAUAUGCUCCCACAGAUCUUUCGUGUCUCCUCAACACUCACCUUAACCUCAAAACGCUGA